AUGAACGUGAAUCCAAAAGAUAUUCACUUAAUAGGUCACAGUCUUGGAGCACAUGUUUCUGGAUUUGCUGGUAGACGUCUCAAGAGAAGGAUUUCCAGAAUAACUGGACUAGAUCCCGCUUUACCAGGUUUUGAUAUUAACCUUGUGAAAGGCGAGCGUUUGAACAAAAAAGACGCUGAUUUUGUAGACAUUAUCCACACAUGUGCUGGAUUUCUAGGUAUAAGAGACCCUAUAGGGCACGUUGAUUUUUAUCCCAAUGGUGGGGCUCCCCCACAGCCGGGAUGUACUAUGUUAAAAUUUGUAGAAGCCUGCAGUCAUGGCAGAAGUUGGAAACUGUUUGCGAAUAGUAUUAAGCUAGAUCAAGAAUACACAGCCAGUAAGUGUUCAAAUCUAGCCAGUUUAUCUAAGUCAAAAUGUGAGGGUAAGAACAUUCCUAUGGGAUACCCUACACCAACUACAGCUAGAGGAGUUUUCUAUAUAGAAACCACAUCUGAGGAACCUUAUAUAAAACCGUUUAAUUUUGUAGAUAAAAAUAAAGUAGAAUAA